AUGAAUAAUUCGUUGAGCAACUCAGGGUACGACGGUGUGAUGCAUCCGCCUUCUCGUCGAAGAACUGCCCCUGCCGGGUCCUCUUCUCCGAGACGGGAUCCUCAGUUUGCCGAUCUUAAUUUAUCAGAAAGACCGUCAGGUUAGUUGAUAAAAUAUGUUUUAUAUUCUGUCUUGCAGGCCUAAAUUAUUCGAAUGAAGUCGAAAUGUAUACCGCCAGCCGUAUACCGCUUUCUUAUAACCUAAGAAAGAAUAUUCCGCCCGAAUACUCCAAUUCCCACACCGUAGCUCAAUAUUAUCCUGGGUCUCCGGCUUCGUACCAAGCGGUGUACAGGAUUCCUCGUGCGAACAGCCCCAGGACUGAGUAUAUGUACAGCAAUCCCGUUCCAGACCAGCCCACAACAAGUUUUGGUAACGUUUUGAUUCCUUUUUUUUCAGGGGCGUUAUUUUUUUUCGAGGGGGGGGUUAUUUUGGACCUGUUAUUCUUAUUUUUGAUAACCCUUUCAAUGAAGGUAAAAUAAUGCUUAUUAAUUACUUCAGAGAUUCAAGAUCAGUAUGGGAGGAAUCUGAAUGCAAUUGGGGCAACUUCAGGGACAAUGGUAACAGUGCCAGAAACUGAUAUCAUAGACAGUUCGACCGAAGAAGACGAAGUUAUUAAGGAUUGCGAUAAUGAGGAGUUUGAAGACGAGAUUGACUGUAAGUGCCUGCUUAUAGUUAAUUUAGUUUUAAUAUAUAACGUAGCCUCGAACGUAGUAUCGAAGAAACGUAGGAUCGGGCUCUAUUUGUCUUCUAUGAUGUGUACUCCAGAACAGGGUCGUGAGUAAAAGGUGUUAUUGGGAAUGAUAUCCGUGGAGAGGGUCAUAUACAACCGUUUUUGUUUACAUUGAGUGCUUAAUUGCUUCUUAAAGAAUAUCAGAUAUCACCCUUUAAAGGUUCGAGAUGACUGUUUGUAUGGCCAUGUAAUUAUUUUUAUAAAGCCCUCAGGAAUUACUGGACUUACUACGUUUACGUAAUCUCCGACAUUCCAAACAACUUUUUACUCUUUUGAACUGGAAUUUUAUGCCGUUCGGAAGGAGGUUGAGAUUAAUCUAGGACAAUACUUCCUUCCAAAAACAUUCACAAUAGCCUAAUUUGGGAUUCGGGCAGCUGGUUUGGACGGCUUUUCUUGACAUUUGCGGCUUUGAUAUUCCUUCCUUCACGCGCAAACUAAAAUGGCUACGUUACAACGCUCCAAGUCUGUCAAGACCAACAAUGUGAAUAUCCGAACGAGACGCAGGGUAUCGGUGUACACCUCGACUCCUAGAAAGAGUUCUCUUAUCGACUCUACUUCCAACAGUGUCCGAUCUUGUCUAAGGAAAUUAAGUGGCCAGCUGAAUAAAACGGUGGUCCUGAGAGAGGUAAAGGGCUUCUUUGACGAUUCCGGUGAGUAUCAACAUGUAAUCUUAUAGCAUUACUUAUUGUUAAAAGAAUUGAAUUCAUUGAAACUAUCGUGAGCCUGGCGCUUGAAAGGUUUAACCCUUUUUUUGAAAGGUGUACGUAAAGGGCAUAAGUAAUAUCCUCGCAAUUGUUGUUGUGCGUUCAUUGCGGCUUUGUUAGCCGUUCUAGUCGACGCCCGGGUGGAUGUAUAUAUGAGGAAAGGGAUCCAAGGUGCUCGGACAUAUUAUUUUUGCUUUGUAAUGGCGUCGUCCACUGUCUAAUCUGUCCGAAGGGACUCAUGGGGCAAAGGAAAGGGGGAUUUAAUCCUCUCGUUGGCCCCUAAUCAGGCCAGUCAGGAGCGCGGUGGUUGAAAGGAUAAUGUGGUAGGUGAGUCGGUUGGUCUCGACUCUGUUUUCGCUUAUUCUUAUUCGUUUGAUUUCUAUUUUGGCACUCUCCCAGCAGGAAAUUUUUUCUUCCGGUCUGUGUGUUUUUUAUCUUAGAACGAGAAAGUUGACGCUGGUUGCUAAGCAUGUCUCCAUUGUUUACCUGCAUAAUCCCGGUUCCGAUAUCCUUAACUUGUGGUUCCCGAAUGGCAUCUCAUAAUUCUUUGGGCUCGUGGGAUUAAUGAGUUUUCUUCCCUCCUUUUUUUACCCUAAUGGUAAUUUUAUGUUGGCCACCAGUUUCACUUCUAUUAAACUCUUUCCUUUAUUUGUUUUAAUCCAAAUUCGCAUCGUUCUUUUCGAGUGCUUGGAUGAUAGACUUUGAUGCUAAUACUUGUAGAAGAUGCCGAGCGCAUUAUGUGCCGGCAGUUCGCUUCCAUUAGAACCUUCUCGGUCUCGGAUCCCGGCGUCUGAAUCUUCCCCACGUGGCCUGAAUGGCUCACCUUCCAAAAUAUUGCAUAUGGAGGCGUUGAAUAGGUCCUUCCACAAUGCAACUGCACUUGCGUCGGAGAUAAGAGAGAAUAUGAAUAGCGUGACCAGGAUAGAGAAGAUCCGGCCUUCUUCAGUAAACAGCAAACGAAGUCAAGAUUCUUCUUUUUUACCUUCAAAUAACAGCCCAACUUCAAUUGUUCGGCAUUUUUCCAUCAGGUUCAAGCAUCAUGUGCAGACUUCGCUUAGCGAUCCACUGAGGACACGAACCUCUUUCCGGCGCAAGCAGAGGACAGUAACUCCCGUCAAUCCAUCAGGUGUUCUAUUUGUCUCAUUUUAUUUUGCUUUGAAUUAUUGCUGUUUUUGGUGGUUCAAAUGAAAAUUAAACAAAGAUUGCUCGUAGUUCUGAAGAAAUUCAAGUUUUUCGGGGUUUUUAGGCCAAGAUUUAGAUGUGUGAGGGCGUCGUUUUUACAUUAAUUAUUAAUUGUUUGCAGAUGAAAAUGACGGCGGCGCUUCUUCCAGUGAUGAGCUUGAUGACCCGGAGGUCCUUGCACUUUUCGAACGUGAACAGAUUGUCGAGAAAUACGAAAAGGUGGGAGUACGACUUUUUAAGAUUUUAAUUUGCAUUUAGGGGCCGGAACAAGAAGGAAUCGAUUCUUGGGAAAACCCUGACUUUGAACUCUACCACAAAACCGAUAGAUUUGGUUUUAUUCAGUAAGAUUUUAAUUAUUGGUUGACAAGAAAACUACUUUUAUAGGGGCUCCUACUUUUCGACGGGGCAUGUCUCAAAAAAUCCGAAAAAUUGUGCUGAUCAAGAAUAUGUAGAAAUUAGGUGCCCAAUUUGGGGUUUAAGGGAUCCCCAAAAAAUGGCUAAAUUUGUCGGCAAAAUGCGCUGGCAUUGCAAACGAUAAAAAUCGCGACCCUUUUGAAGUUGAACGUCUGAAAAAAAUUUCUACCAAGACUUAUUUAUUACGACUUAGAAUGUAGGACUUUAAGUCAAUUUGCGAUUGACUUUUUCACCACUAACAAGGGAUCGGCAAAUAGUUGCAACCUGCUUUCUUAACGAAACAUGUAUCAUUUGAAAGAGCAUUAAAAAUAGUGCACAUCGCAAAAAAAUUAGCUGCCUAAAUUACCUUAGGGCAUAGAUACGACCGCUUUUUGAAAGGGGUUAUAUGCGGCCAAAACGCCGGUUCCUUAUAUUACAGUAAUCCUGGCGGUUUGAAAUCGUCUUUAUUAAUUUCCUGGUAUCCAAAAACGUCUAUCACGGUCGUUUUAUGGCUUUACCAAUCCUCGGUUAUAUGUUAUUAGACAUUACUGCUAGUUACAGUAAAUUGUAAAUAAAACUAGGUUAAAGGGAAAAUUGGAGCAAAAAGCUUUGGAAAUACAUUUAUAUGAUCGUCGUGGUCAUUCACAAGCGAAAGUUUCAAAAUCGAAAAUUUCUUAUGUCCUAGCCUUACCAAUGGUUGGUCCACUGUGUCAGCAAUAGUGUCUUUGGCCGAUUUUACAAUUUUAUCUUCGUAUUUUUUCGAAAAAAUGUAUAUUUAUAGGCCCUUGUAAAUUGAAUUAUCCUCCAGUAAUCAUAAUCGGUCAGGUUACUGGGAUAACACCCUUGUAAUUAUACGAUAGUGACAUAUCCACUCCCAACACCAUCAAAUUUGUGGUCGUUUCAAAAAAAUUCAAAAACUCAGAAAAAUUGCGCAACCAUGGAUUUUGUCUGUGGAGGAACAAAAAUUAUUAAAAAAUGUCAACAUACCAUGGUUUUGCGGCAUAUAAGAGACGAAACGCAAAAUGUUUACAGAGACCGGAUUCGAAACCAGGACUCGCUGCGCCGGAAGUGGGCUCACUACCACUCGGCCAACUGGACACAACUCUGUUGCCAUUCCGAGAGCUUAUAAAGCGAGGUGGAAAUUAGGCUAAAAUCCGUAUUUUGGCCAUAACUUUGUCCAAAGUGAAUUUAGGCAGCUAAUUCUUUUUGCGCUGUAAACUAUUUUUAAUUCUCUUUCAAAUGAUAUAGGUUUCGUUAAGAAAGCAGGUUACAACUAUUUGCCGAUCCCUUGUAAAACCCAAAAUUGAGCAGCUAAUUUUUACAUUUUCUUAAUCAGCGUGGUUUUACAUAUUUUUUGAGAAUGGCUAAAAGUAUGAGCCCCUAUAAAAAUACUUUCCUGCUGAUAUAUUAUAAAAUUCAAAUAUGUUUUGAUUUAUUUAUGUUUUAGUAAGGAGGGACUGACUGAACAGGAGAUAGAAAAGAAAGAACAAAUGAAGGAAAGACGACGAUGUCUUAAAUGGGAUGCUAUGUACAAAGAAUGGGAACACCGGGAACCCACCAAGAUGAAGGAACGGAUAUGGAAAGGAAUACCUGAGUCUUAUAGAAUACGAGUACGUUUUUUGUUUCCGGUUUCAUGAGUUUGAUUUUAGGCUUGGUCUAAAAUGUUGCACAUUGAGGAAUACAAACGAGGAAAUGAAAAUAAGUACCAGGAAUUAUUGGUUAGAGGGCAACUACUGUCAAAGGAGGUCAAGCAAAUCGAUCUUGAUGUUAACAGGACUUACAGGGAUAAUGUGGCAUUUAUGAAGAGAUACGACAUCUCACAGAAGAGGCUUUUCCACAUCCUGACGGCAUAUUCAAUGUACAAUACGGAGGUUGGGUAUUGUCAAGGGAUGAAUCACAUCGUUGCGCUUCUUAUUAUGUAUAUGAGUGAUGAUGAAGAUGCAUUUUGGGGGCUGCAUAGUUUGUUGGCUAACAAGAAAUACACAAUGCACGGUGAGCUCUUUUUAUUGAGGUAAUGCUUUCGAUGUUAUUCCAAGAAUUAUUUUCUGCGGGGUGUUUACGAAAGGAAGAGUAUUAUUACUAUUGUUGUUGUUAUUAUGAUUAUGUUUACAGGUUUCUUCGUCCCCUCUUUCCCGAAGCUAAGGAAGUUCGAAGACCAUUUUCUGAACCGUGUUCUUCCCAAAUAUGCUCCUCGAGUGCAUAAACACUUUGAGAAGUUGAUGUUACCUCCAAUCUACUUGCCUAAAUGGUGGUUCGGGUGUUUCUUAGAUCGAGUUCCAUUCAAAUUGGUCCUUAGGAUAUGGGAUGUCUUUCUUUUUCUGGGAGACGGGGUCUUGAUGGCCAUGGCUUUGAAUAUCUUCAAGAUGCAUGAAAGUAAGUUGUUUCUUUUAGGUUUUUUGGAUUGCGAUCCAUGAUAUUUUUUUUUGAUUUUUUAAAUACACCUCGAUUUUCAACAAGUUUCUGAUUUCCCGUUAGACAUAGGAGGCUGAAUUUUCCUACCACCGGAUAGUAAGGGUUUAACUUUUCAACGAUAUAAAUUUUAUAGAAAACCCAGCCUUACAUGUCGUAUUAACUUUCGGAAAACUUCGGGUAAUUUUGCCCUUAAAGUACGUUUGUAAUGGAGAUACCUGGGACGUCCUUAAAAAAUAUUUGUUUUUAUUUUUCAGAAAAGAUUGUAAAAAUGUCAAUGGAACAGUUUAUGGAUUUUAUCCAGAGAGAACUCCCUGCGGAUUUUGGAUAUACUGAUGAUCAAGUGAUGAACUCCUUGAAAAAGUGGCUGGAACGACUUCAGGACGACAAAAUGGCGUUACCAGCGAGAAGAGAAGACGACUUCCCAUCUCAGGAAUUAGGUCUUAUUCUCAAACGAUCAUUGGUAGACAUUCGCAUGGACAUCGCCGAGAUUCAUUCACGAUCUUCCCGAGCCAAUUGUAAGUUAGUUUUGAUAUUGGGUUUGAUCUCUCUGCUUCAUUGUGCUGUGAAUCUGUCGACUACUCCAACUCGUUUCUUUCUCAGUGCGUAACCCCUUGUUGGCCGCCAUUGCUGCCAGUGCCGAGCUUUCUCUUGUCUAUCGCCACUUUUACCGUCUCUAUGCUGAUCGGUAUCGAAGACAAGUUUGGUAG